GCCAAGUCUUCCAUCAGGAUGCCCUGGGCGCCUCCCUGCUGGUGAGGAUGCUCUGCCGCGCAGCUCUGUAUCCCCGGUCCCGGUUCCUGGUGGGCACGACUGCAUGGGCCCUUUGGGUUUGGCCAGAGGGUGAAAAAGUGAGUUUAGCGAUUGAAUUCGAAUUCUGAGAGCCAUGGACCAAGGAAGUGGGCUGCAACCCCAGGCGGGAGAGCAGCUGGAAGCAGCCGCCACAAUAGGAGCUAUCCAAAAUAAAUGUGAACCAGAGACCUUUAGGUCCAAGAGUUUACCCGUCCUAAAUAGCGCCUCCUGCCGGCCAGACCCGAGUCCCACGAGUGUAGACACCAAGCUAAGCUGUGCAGAGUCUUUGGGCCACCAGGAAUCCAAGCAAGGCCUGAACCGUUUGACUCCCAGCGCUUCUGCCCUGUCCACUUCACCAGAGGUGGCAGGACUAGCUGACUGUAACCACAGGGUGGAUGUCAGUAAAACCGUGUCGGUGUCCUCCGCUUUGGCCACGCUCCAAGGCAGAAGGUGCCUCUACUUGGUUCUCACGGAUUCCCGUUGCUUCCUGGUCUGCAUGUGCUUUCUUACUUUCAUCCAGGCGUUAAUGGUCUCUGGAUACCUGAGCAGUGUCAUCACCACCAUCGAAAGGCGCUACAGUCUGAAGAGUUCUGAGUCGGGGCUGCUGGUCAGCUGCUUUGACAUCGGGAGCCUGGUGGUGGUGGUGUUUGUCAGCUACUUCGGGGGCCGGGGUCGGCGGCCCCUGUGGCUGGCGGUAGGUGGACUUUUCAUCGCUAUUGGGGCUGCCCUCUUUGCUUUACCUCACUUCAUCUCACCGCCCUACCAGAUUCAAGAGUUGAACGCCUCGGCCUCCAAUGAUGGCCUGUGUCAGACCGGCAACUCCAGGGCGACUUUGGAGCCUCCUGCUUGCCUGAAGGACUCAGGAGGAAAUAAUCACUGGGUCUAUGUGGCUUUAUUCAUUUGUGCACAGAUUCUCAUUGGCAUGGGCUCCACACCUAUUUAUACCCUGGGACCAACCUACUUAGAUGACAAUGUCAAGAAAGAAAAUGCAUCCUUGUACCUAGCCAUCAUGUAUGUCAUGGGAGCACUUGGUCCUGCAGUGGGAUAUUUAUUAGGUGGUCUUCUUAUUGGUUUUUAUGUUGACCCCAGAAAUCCUGUUCACCUUGAUCAGAAUGACCCUCGUUUCAUCGGAAACUGGUGGAGUGGAUUCCUCCUUUGUGCCAUUGCAAUGUUUCUUGUGAUAUUCCCAAUGUUUACUUUUCCAAAAAAGCUUCCGCCUCGACACAAGAAAAAGAAAAAGAAAAAAUUUUCUGUCGAAGUUGUUAGUGAUGACGAUGAUGUUAUGAAGGAGAAAUCAAACAAUAACGAACCAGUGGACAAAAAAGUUUCUUCUAUGGGAUUUGGAAAGGAUGUCAGAGACCUACCAAGAGCAGCUGUCAGGAUCUUAAGCAACAUGACAUUCCUUUUUGUGAGUUUGUCAUACACAGCUGAGAGUGCCAUUGUAACUGCUUUCAUUACCUUCAUUCCCAAGUUCAUCGAGUCACAGUUUGGUAUUCCAGCUUCCAAUGCCAGCAUCUACACUGGUGUUAUUAUUGUCCCCAGUGCCGGUGUUGGUAUUGUCUUGGGAGGCUACAUUAUAAAAAAAUUGAAACUUGGUGCAAGAGAAUCUGCAAAACUAGCAAUGAUCUGCAGUGGUGUGUCCUUACUGUGUUUCUCAACCUUAUUUAUUGUUGGAUGUGAAAGUAUUAAUCUAGGGGGCAUAAAUAUCCCUUAUACAACAGGACCUUCUCUCACCAUGCCGCAUAGGAAUCUGACAGGAAGCUGCAAUGUUAACUGUGGCUGUAAAAUACAUGAGUAUAAGCCAGUGUGUGGAUCAGAUGGAAUUACAUACUUCAAUCCUUGUCUGGCUGGCUGUGUUAACAGUGGUAAUCUUAGCACUGGGAUAAGGAACUAUACAGAAUGCACCUGUGUCCAGAGCCGGCAAGUGAUCACUCCACCCACAGUGGGACAGCGCAGUCAGCUCCGCGUGGUUAUUGUCAAAACGUAUCUCAACGAGAACGGCUAUGCCGUGUCCGGAAAGUGUAAACGGACCUGUAAUACCCUCAUCCCGUUCUUAAUUUUCCUUUUCAUAGUCACCUUCAUCACAGCAUGUGCCCAACCAUCAGCCAUCAUAGUAACACUCAGGUCUGUAGAAGAAGAGGAGAGACCUUUUGCGCUGGGAAUGCAGUUCGUUUUAUUGCGAACACUUGCAUACAUUCCUACUCCAAUUUACUUUGGCGCAGUGAUUGACACCACCUGCAUGCUCUGGCAACAGGAGUGUGGAGUGCAGGGAUCUUGCUGGGAGUACAAUGUCACGUCAUUUCGUUUUGUCUAUUUUGGUUUGGCGGCUGGCCUCAAAUUCGUUGGCUUUAUUUUUAUUUUUCUGGCCUGGUACUCCAUUAAAUACAAGGAGGAUGAACUGCAGAGGCAGAGGCGGCGAGAAUUGCCUCUCAGCACUGUGAGCGAGAUGGUAGGGCAUAACGACAAUGCCAGUAAAUAUGCCCGAACUAGAUCUUGCCCUGUGUUCCACACCCAGGGAGAAUUUCAUGAAGAGACUGCUCUGCAAAAAGGGAUCCAAUACACAGCACAGACCUAUCCGGGUUCCUUCCCAGAAGCAAUAAAUUCCUCUCCAGACCCAGAGCUGGAAGACAGCCCUGCUACCAUGGAACAACCCUCCUGAAACUUGAAAAUGGAAGACUUUAGUUUUGUUGGUUGAGUUGAGUAUGGCGACUUGAGAAACACCCGUGCCUUGUUUUCUUUCUUGCUUUUUUAACCUCUAAAAACACAAUCCUCAGACCAACAAAACUCAGUAUACACAGCCACUACUGAUUGAGGGCUGGAUACCUCACCAAGACUG